AUGGACACGAUCAUUCCUAGUCGCAUUGUCCGAGGCCACGAUUUCGUUGUUAUUUGCGACUUGGCAUCUGCCUACAAUGACGUUAACAACCCUAUGACUGGCAGUCACGUGAUACGCUUGUCUCUGACUCCUGUAUCGCCGAAUACAUUUUUGCCCGGCAUAGUCAGAUUUCCGAAGAAAUUAAAAUCGGGUGAAUACAGAGGGCGCCUUACUGUGACUAAGGAUGGAGAGCGGGUUGGUAACCGGUACUUCAACCCUGAUAUACACGGUGAUGAUGUCGACAGGCCAUUUCCGCUAGUACAGACGGACAAAGGCAUCUACAAGGCUGGACAAACUGUCCAGUUCCGAAUCCUUGUCAUAAACGAACAACGAAAAGUGCUUCUGGAAACAUUCACCAUAGACAUAUUCGACGCGGAUUCCAACCGCGUACGACGCUGGGCCAACGUUUCAGAUAUUAGCGGUGUAUACUUUGGUAGAAUUGAAUUGUCCAAUGAACCCGUUCUUGGGGAAUGGACUAUCAAAGUAUCCAAUGAGAACUUUACAUCAGCAACCUAUUUCGACGUUGAAGAAUUAGAAUAUCCAAAAUUUUAUGUGGAGAUAGAUUUCCCAGAAACCGUUUCCACGGGUGUGGAUGACUCUUUAAAGGGAAAGGUGUCGGCACUGUACACGUUUGGAGAAGGAGUGUCAGGUGACAUGGAACUUACAUUAAAGUACUCGAGCUUCAGUGUAGUGAAACGAUUCAAGGUAAAAGAUGGCUCCGUCGAUAUCAACUUGCCAUUUACAGAACUGAGCUCAGACUUCAAAAUGUCAACUUCUGCUAAGACGAUUUUCAAUGCCUUGGUUGGUUAUGGCCUCAACUCUCUACGGCUGGACAUUCUGGUCAAUGUUGUAGAGGAUGUAACUGGAGUGAACGUGUCCGCGAAAUCUUACCUUGACGUCAGAGGGGAAAUAACAAGGAUUUCGGGCGACCCCUACCCACGUAUGGCAUCGGCGGAUGUUGAUCUGAUGGUUCAAGUAAAGAUCUACUUUGGUGGUAGGACGAUUACUCGCGAUCAUUUAAGUGUUCAUAUUGAUAAAAACAACACAAUAAGCUAUACCGUUGAAGGGGAAGUUUUACAAGCAGACGUGUCAUUUAUCAACAUCAUGGAACAAACACGUAUAUCCUUCGACGUAGAAGAGGUGCGACCAGGUGAUGCUGCCACAAUUAUUCUUAAAGGGAACGCAGGUUCAAACUUCUAUCUACUAGCGGUGGACAAAAGGAUCCUGAUUCUAGAUCCAGGCAAUGAUAUCACGGAGUCGGUAUGGUUUUAUUACACCGAAAUUCAACUUAUGGAAAAAGACAUGACUACCGCACGGGUAGCUUUUACAACAACGGUGGACAUAGGGGGUACAUCACCCGAUCUUCAUUCAACAACUUUUGCAUUUGAAACAACAUCUGUUUUUGAAACUUACGCGACUACUACUAAUCGACAAGCGGAAACAGAAGAAAGGCAAAGAAAAUCGGUGACACUUCGAAAGAAAUUUCCUGACACGUGGCUAUUCAACAAUGUUUCUUCAGGAGAGAAGGGUAUUGCGGAGUUUAUUGCAACAGCUCCUGAUACAAUCACCACCUGGGUGGCUACAUGCUUUGCUAUUGACGGGAACUCUCGGUUGUCAUUAGCAGUUAGACCUGCAGAGUUGCAGGUGUUCUUGCCAUUCUUUGUAAGUGUUCAGCUUCCAUUUUCGGUCAUCCGGAAUGAGCAAGUUGUAAUACAAGCAAAUGUUUUCAACUAUCACUCGGAAGAUAUCUUCGUUAUCGUCACACUAAUCAAAAACGACUCAUUCAGAGGACUUGCUGUUUCCAAGAGGGGUAAAAAGCGGAAGCUGAAGGAAAAAUGUGGCAAUCUUGUUAUGUGUAUUAUGGCGAAGUCAGGGAAGGCUACCCCUGCAUUUUUCCCGAUCGUUCCCUUGGAGAUAGGCGACAUUAAAUUGAAAAUUACUGCCGAUUCGAAAAUGGCCCAAGACACUGUAGUAAAGAAACUGAGAGUGGAACCGGAAGGAGCAGAAAGAAGCGUGGCGUAUCCUGUUUUUAUUGACCUGACGCAGAAAAACACGUUUAACUACAGUUUUGUGCUUACAUAUCCCCACAAUGUGGUUGAAGGCUCCGAGCGAAUGAGACUAACUGUAACUGGUGAUGUAAUGGGAUCUACACUCGAUAACAUAGAAAAACUUGUUAGGUAUCCGACCGGCUGCGGAGAGCAGAAUAUGAUAAAAACAGCACCGUCUGUGUUUGUUAUGGGAUAUCUUACAGCCAUUGACCGGUUGGACGCAGACCUGAAGAAACGGGCAGAAAGCUUUAUUGGAUUUGGGAUACAGCGUCAGAUGAAUUACAAACACUCGGACUGGUCUUUUAGUGUUUGGGGCGGAUCCGGAUCUGGAAGUUCAUGGUUAACUUCUUUUGUUCUGAAAGUUUUUUCAAAGGGGGCACUCUACACUGACGUCGAUGACCGCGUUAUUACGUUACCGACUGAGUAUCUUCUCUCAAUUCAGAACAAGGACGGAAGUUUUCCAGAACGUGGACUUGUCGGUAGUCGCUCCAUGCAGGGAGGAUCAGUUGGAACAGAUAAACGUAUGACUGCUUACGUUCUGAUCGCAUUGUUGGAAGCUCAGAAUGCCGGAUACAACAAUAUCCAGUUUAGUGCUGUACAAGAACGUAGACUAACAGCGGGCAUAAAAAAGGGCAUGAAAUUCCUUGAACGAAAUUUGAAAAACAUAUCAUCUGAUUACUCGCUCGCAAUUACAACAUUUGCCCUUGGACUUGGAGAAUCUAGAUUAGCCUCCGAUGCUCUAAAAAAAUUGAUGAGGAAAGCAAAGUCUGUUGGAGGUAAUAUAUACGACAUGCUCUUCUGGGAGGAGAAGGCCCCUGUCCCCUCAAAAUACCACUACGGGCCAUCCACUACGGCAGUGUCCAUUGAAAUGACAGCAUAUGCUCUUCUCGCACUUUCAAAGGCCGGUGACAAGGUGGAUGGAGCACGUGUCAACAAAUGGUUAAUAGGUCAAAGCAGUCCUUACGGUGGAUUUAUUUCUACCCAGGACACAAUGAUUGGUCUAGAGGCCCUCGCUGCAUUUGGGGCAAUACUAAAGUCACAGCCAACUGACAUGACUAUUUGGGUGUCAUACAUGUACGAUAGUCUUCAGAAACAGAAAUUCCGAAUAACACCGGAAAAUGCUCUAUUGUUGCAGUCAGUUGAUCUUCCGACAGAUUCCAGCGAAUUCAACGUGCAUGCACUUGGUCAUUCGAACGCAAUUGUUACGGUGUCUUUGUUUUACAAUAUAUUCAUGGACCUUGAAAACCAAGAUCUCCGUCUUGAUGUUGAUGUUGUAAAUGAGUCGGUUAACGGAUUUACGGCUCGCUCCUGUAUUAGUUGGUUGGAAGAUGACAUUAGUGGCAUGGUUGUUGCUGAGAUAGGAAUUCCCUCAGGAUUCAAUGCAUUUAGAUACGGAAUAUCUGGACAUGAGCUGCUUAUGCGGACCGAAAUUCAAGAGAAAAAAGUUGUUUUGUAUUUUAAUCAGAUAACUCUAGAGAAAGUAUGUGUGGAUAUACGCAUGGUCCGCGACACGCUGGUGGCCUCAGUGAAGCCAGUCCCAUGCAAAGUGUAUGAAUACUACGAGCCAAGUAACGAGAUGACAGUAUUUUAUGCUCCAGUAAAAGCAAAACACUCGAACAUUUGUGACGUGUGCGGGGCAGAAUGUGGCUGCGCGGGAGAUAACGCCCGCAAGUGGAUGCCUCUGGUGAGCUUGGUUACACGCUUUUAA